CCUCCCUCCCAACCUCCAACCUCCGCUCUCUCCCUCUCAGAGCUCCAGCGCUCCCUCCCUCCCCUCCCGCGCUCCCUCCCUCCCUCCCUCCUCGUUCCCUCUCCUCUCUCGCUAUAGAGGGCUCCCACAGCACUUCUCAGCCAGUGUGCUCAGCCUGCCUGCCUGCCUGCCUCUGUGUGUGUGUGUGUGUGUGAGAGCGUGUGUGCGUGCGCCUACUUUGUACUGUGAAGAACACAGCCCAUGUGCUCUGCAUGGACGUUCCUGAUACUCUAUUAAGCUUGAUUUUCGACAAGCAGGCAAGAUGUCCAGCACACCACAUGACCCCUUCUAUUCUUCUCCUUUCGGCCCAUUUUAUAGGAGACAUACACCAUACAUGGUACAGCCAGAGUACCGAAUCUAUGAGAUGAACAAGAGACUGCAGUCUCGUACAGAGGACAGUGACAACCUCUGGUGGGAUGCAUUUGCCACUGAAUUUUUUGAAGAUGAUGCCACAUUAACACUUUCAUUUUGUUUGGAAGACGGACCAAAGCGAUACACUAUCGGCAGGACCCUCAUCCCCCGUUAUUUUAGCACCGUAUUUGAAGGAGGGGUGACAGACCUGUACUACAUCCUCAAACACUCGAAGGAGUCAUACCACAACUCAUCCAUCACAGUAGACUGCGACCAGUGUGCCAUGGUCACACAGCAUGGGAAACCCAUGUUUACCAAGGUAUGCACAGAAGGCAGGCUGAUCUUGGAGUUCACGUUUGAUGACCUCAUGAGAAUAAAAACGUGGCACUUUACCAUUAGACAGUACAGGGAGCUGGUGCCCAGAAGCAUACUAGCCAUGCACGCACAAGAUCCUCAGGUCCUGGAUCAACUGUCCAAAAAUAUCACCAGGAUGGGUCUCACAAACUUCACCCUCAACUACCUCAGGUUGUGUGUAAUACUGGAGCCAAUGCAGGAACUGAUGUCGAGACACAAAACCUACAACCUCAGUCCCCGAGACUGCCUGAAGACCUGUCUGUUUCAGAAGUGGCAGAGGAUGGUGGCACCGCCAGAACCCACAAGGCAACCGACAACCAAAAGGAGAAAACGAAAGAACUCCACAAGCAGCACGUCUAACAGCAGUGCCGGGAACACGGCCAACAGCGGCGGCAGCAAGAAGAAGACCCCGGCGGCGAGCCUGAGUCUGACCACCCAGGUACCUGAUGUGAUGGUGGUAGGAGAGCCAACUCUGAUGGGAGGUGAGUUUGGGGACGAGGACGAAAGGCUAAUCACUAGAUUAGAAAACACGCAGUAUGAUGCGGCCAACGGCAUGGACGACGAAGAAGACUUCAACAAUUCACCUGCCCUGGGGAACAACAGCCCGUGGAACAGUAAACCUCCCGCCACGCAAGAGACCAAAUCAGAAAACCCCCCACCCCAGGCUUCCCAGUAAGAUGGGCCACUGGCACGUGAUUUCGCUGUCCGUAGGCCCGUGGGGUAGAAGUCCAGUCACAGAUCUCUACUAUCAGGAGAGAAAAGAGAUGACAUUUAAAACACACAAGCAAAACGUUUCCAUGCAAACAUCUAUUUCUAAACGUAAUGACUUAAGUUUCUUUCUUGCAAAUUUUCCCCCUUUUUGAGAGCAUCGUUCAAAUGAGCCUCCGUGGCCUCUCUUUGGAGGCCUUCACAAGAAGUAUAGACACUGUCCCUGACGGUAAUUAGAAACAGCAGAGGCUCACGCACCUCCUGGCACGGUCUUAAUUCCCUCCUGUGUUGAACUGCCUGCCCAUGCACCCUACGAAGGCCAUGCUGUCCAAACGUGCUCAGGAUCUCAGUAAUAUGCCAACCCCAACUACAGAUGACUUUUUAAUAUUGUAAAAUAUUUUCUGCCUUUUGACUUGCAUUUGAGAGUUUCUUGUUUCAGUACAAAAAGAAAAGAAAAGAAAAAUAUUCGUUUGGGGAAAAUAAUGUAAAUGUACCUCUCCCCCUUCACUUUCCAUUGGUUUUCCUGGGGCAAGAUCCCUAAGGAAACAGCCAGGUGGCGUUCUGGCAAGCUGAAGCUCAUUGGUUCUUGAAUCUGAGUUGUUUCAAUUUAGACCAAGUACUAAAACAAGGCGUCAUCAAAGAUAUAUGGGUAGAUUUUAUUAUGUACACAAAGACAAGUGGACCCUGAGAAAUGUAUGCAUUUGUAAACUUGCCGUGGGUCUGAAUAUUUUCAAGCCAUGUAAUCCAUUAAUUUUGUGGGACGCUUAAUAAAUCUGAAUCUUUCUAUUUCUUCUUAUUUUAAUUGUAUCUUAGUUGAUUGAGUUUUGGUGGGUUUUUUUUUUUAUGCUAUAUUUCCUGUGUAAUAUUUUGUAAAUCCUUCACCUGUUUCUUUUAUGGGGACUUUUCUUUUGGGGCAAGUUCAGUGUAUUUAUGUGAAACUUUAUAAGAGAACUAAUUUUUCCAUUUGCAUAUUAAUAUGUUCCUCUAUACAUGUAAAGACACAGUGGCUCUGUGUGUCAUAAAACAGCUGUAUUUUAUGUAUGCUUUACUGGUAAGUGUGCCAAUAAUAAACUGUGUUAAUGACCAAAGUAAGUGAA